AUGGUGGAUACUGAGUUAUAUAAUUUAAAAAGCCUUACGUAUUUAAAUCUUGACGGAAAUAAGUUUAAAAACAUCAGUAUGGGUAAGUUAAUAAAUAAACCGAAAACUGUAAAAGCUGUAUCGAUGUCUAACAACUUACUUACAUACAUCAGGUUAGAGUACUUCGAUCCACUGAUUAAUCUAGAAUAUUAUUUGAACUUGGCCUUCAACAAAAUCAGUUAUAUUGGUGGCGCUUUUAUGUUUUUGAAGAAACUGAACACGCUUAUUUUAAGUUACAAUAACCUAGCAAAACUCGACACAUACGAUAUUCCAUUUAUGUGCGAGAGCAGUUUGGAAUAUAUCGCUAUUGAUCACAAUCUAGUUAUGUUCAUUGACACAAGUGAGGUGUUGAACGAUUUACCCUUUUUAAAGAAAAUCGCCAUAAUGGGAAAUCCGUGGUAUUGCAACUGCUUGAGAGAUUUCCGUAAAGGCCUUCAAGAACGCAAAAUACAAGAAAUAAACGAUAGUGAUUACGUUAACACCAAAAGAACCGUUUGUUUUGCUGACCUGACAACUAACAAUAAGUGUUCUAUCAGUACGUCAAAGUUUGUAAGUAUCGUCCUAGAGGACGAUAGAGGACUUCCUUUAAAUACAAAUACCACUUCUUGUCACUUAAAUGAAUUCGAAUAA